AUCAGCUUCAGGGCUUCAGGCCUGGAACGGCACCUGCGUGCUACACCCUGUUGUGAUCCUGUAAGGAGCCGUCACCCGUGGAUUCCUUGCUUGCAGUGCAUUUCGAAGGCGGUUAGUAGGGAUCGAUCGGUAGCAUCCUUGAGCAGCCAUCGUGCAAAAAACAUCGAUAACCAACGGUGGGGAUAGCUAAAGUUUGGUACGAUCCUAUGAGGUGUGCAGCUAUGGGAAUGAUUGGAGAAGCAGACCGUCCAGAGGAUGAACCGAGGAGCAGAAACGCACUAGUUACCUUUCUCACAAACUCUUCUUUAGUACUCUUUGGGCAAAGAAUAUUGUUCCUUCUCUUUGUUCGUUCCUUGCCUUUUGAAUUCCCUUCCAUUGGAAACCUGAUCGAUGAAGCCGCUCUGCCUUUCCACCUCCCUGCGUUCAUGUGGCUCCACGCACCCGCACACGCGAUCUGAGCGUCCGAUCUACGCCAAUGCAACAGAGCAAAAGCUCUCCAGCUGCUCCUUCACUCGACUAUACAAAAAGGAUUACCCCAUACUUAAUUACCACGCCACAUCAACGGCAACGCCGCGGCCGCGCGCCUACAAAUACCGUCGCGAGGUUCCCGUGCCCUCUCGCAGUCGCCGUGAGCAUCCGCAGCGCGAGCGCAGCCAGCAUCGGCGCCGCGCCUGUGGUAGCAAUGGACGGGCAGCCAGCAGGCGGCGGCGGCGGAGCGGGGGGCGACUGCGACGCGGUGGCGAGGGCAUUCGUGGACUACUACUACCGCACGUUCGACGCCGACCGCGGCGCGCUCGCGGCGCUCUACGCCCCCCACACCUCCGUGCUCUCCUUCGAGGGCCACGCCGUCGCGGGCGCCGAGGAGAUCGGCCGGAAGCUGGCGCAGCUGCCCUUCGGCCAGUGCCGGCACUCCGUCUCCACCGUCGACUGCCAGCCCUCGCCGUCGUUCCCGGGCAGCAUCCUCGUCUUCGUCAGCGGCCACCUCCAGCUCGCCGGCGAGGACCACCAGCUCAGGUUCAGCCAGUUGGAUCAUCUUGGGGUUCGCAGAUGUUCCAGCUGGUGCCUAACGAGCAGGGGAGCUUCUUCGUGCAGAACGACAUAUUCCGGCUCAACUACGGGUGACGCGCGCGGUCGCGUGCGCUUGCCGAAAGGAAGGUUGCUAUCGUGCCGCAUGGACACCGGGCGCGUGAUCCUCUGCUUUUAUUUUUCUUCUUUCGUCCUCUCGUAUCCUUGCACGUGAUCCCCCCCCCCCCCCUCCCAAACUUCGUUUCCUUCAGGGAAAAAAAAUGUAACGUCCUAAAUAAAAUCUAGCCAUGCAUAUACGUACACGCUGUCGAAUUCGAUCAUGAGCCGCCACAAAUGCUCGUGCUCCAAGCGAAUUUUGUCGCGUCAAAGCCGUGAAGUCUAUUCAUCGCAGGUGCGACUAGAAGUCAUACUAUCACACAUGAUUAUAUUUAGAUAAUAUUUUUUCUAAAAUAUUUUUAUUUGUUCCAGAACAAUUUCUAUCUCUAAAUAUUUCUUGAAACAUUUUUAUUUGUUCUAAAACUUAUUUUUUGAAACAUUUUAUUUUGUUCCGAAACGAUUUUUAUUUUUUAUAUCUCUAACCGAUGUGUGCGAUAGUAUAACUUCUACUCGCACGUACGAUGAAUAGACGCCCCCGUCAAAGCUCACCCUGUCUGUUAUCCUGGUACUAGUAGGGUGUGCGUGCCGCACGUGUUUUAGAAAACCAAAUAAAAUGAUUAUGUCACAAAAAAAUAUGUAUUCGUAGCCACAUAUACCAUUAGCUUGUGGAUAUAAUAUUUAGUAUAUUGUUCGUUACAAAUUUACCCAAAAUGGAAAUUUUGAGAUAUACAGAUUAUAUGGACAUGACCAUAAAUACAUGUCCCAUUAACGACAUCGCAAGAAUUAUAUAAGAGGGUAAAGGUAAGAAUAAAAUAUUUGCAUUGGUCAUAUCUUAAUUGUAGCACAUCUUUUUUUUAUAUACAGAAAAUCCACGUAUGAAUGCCACAUCUAACAUAUUAUAAAAAUUUAAUGAUGCAGAAUCUUCACACCAUAUCGCCAGAAUUUAAUUUCCAGCUCAUAUCACAUUUAUGAUGGACUCCAGUGUCACUGCAUACAAUUAAAGUUUCAUUAAGUAAAAAAAACCAAUCAGACUAGCCUUUUAAAAUUAUAAUAUAUUAGUGAUAACUGCAAAAGACCAAACAAAAGAUCAAAGACACCAUUACGGCAAGGUGCUAUACACCAUAUAAUUAUAUAGGGUGUUAUCGAUAAGUAUGCCAUGACACAACGUGAAUCAUCCAAAUUACAGAUAUACACAUGGACUAAAUUGCAAUAGCUUCGGCUUCUCCAACGAUGGUGGCCAGCGUCACUAUUAGCUCGAAAUCACCCGCGAUGCAGGGCAAGAUAGGGUCAAUGGAGUAGGGCAAUGGAGAGAGGUGGUCGUUAGGGUUCCAUUUUACUGCGUACUCCCCAGAAUCAGCGAUGCCAAGAAUGAAUCGAGAUAAUCGAACCUUAGUUUUGCUGCUCUUCUUGUUCUUUUGCAGUUCCAAGCACCUCUCAUUAAUCCGGUUUGCACCGCCAAGCUUCA